AUGCGGAUCGUCGAUCUUAGAUAUAUGGGUGCCGUCGACGCCCUGCUGGGACUUGACAUAAUUGUCCCCGACACCACAAAGGGCUCGUACAUGUAUUCGCGGUUUGAGUUCAUCGACUGGGAACAUUCCAUCGUCAUGAUGAUAAUCUGGUCUUGCAUAUUCGGCUGGGUCCGAUGCCAUUACCUCGCAGGAUUCAGCAAGGAAGCAAGCAUCCUCGGCGCGGCGUCGUCAAUCAUACACUGGCUGAUGGAUGUUUUGGUGAUUGAGCCAACGGGCUUGACCAUAUACCCGCACGGUCAAUAUCACUUCGGUCUCGGCCUUUACGAGAAAUACCCAGUCGGCUCGUGGGCACUGGAGUGUAUCCUCUGCAUUGCCCUUGGUGGCGCCAGCUCAGACCAUCAGCAAGCGGCGCAGUGGAGCGGAUAUCGCCCAGGCGUGCCUUCUCCUCGCUGUUCUCGCCCUUCUAAUGAGUCCGUGGACCUCACCUUUACCCCUUGUUGCACGUAUCCAUGA